CUUGAAAACUGCUUAAACUGCCUUGUUCAAGAGUUUGAAUGCUUUCACCACAGCUUCGGCACCUAAUUCUCAGAUAUGGGCAUCCCUGAGAGGCAUCAACUUGACGGCUCUUUGAGGUGACGAGCGUGCAAUAUCGUAUUUGCCGACGAUGGAUCCUCAUCCCAAAGUGUUUCAUCCAAUCGAGCUUGCACCUUUCGUAGAGUACGCUCUGUACCGCAUAUGUGCACCUUUGCAUCUCAUCAUCUGCUCUAGUCAAGAAAUCUUCUUAAAGGAGUUAUGUGCUUCGAUGCAAUUUGCGAAAGACGCUGCAAUCGCAGAGUCGGAAGCAAUAGGCGUCGGCGAGCUCGGAAUCAGAAGACUCUCUACGAAGAACCAUGAUCUGCUGGCUCCCACUCUUCGUCAGCUCGCAAGUUCAGUCCAUAUCAAUGUCACCUUCUGCUCAACACUUCCACAGCUGCGUGCAUAUCUUUCUACAUAUCAUGCCAGUGAUCAUUUUCAAACAGGUGGUGACAGCGGCAUAACGCCCCAGAAAUGGCCUGUGAUGGCACUUAUCAAUCCCAUAGCCCUGCAUCGCGGAACUCUGGACUUCUCCGCUCAAGGUCUUGGUCGUACGUUGGCGUCGGCAGUUGAGGCAGCAGCACGCACCAAAGCCAAGUUAGUGGUCGUUGAAUGUCCACCAAGAGCCAAUUCCUCGGAGCGAAAUACUGGCGCAAUGCUUGAUGAUGACGAAACACCCAUGCCCUUUCUUGGACACGACACUGGAAUGCAAAGUGAGGCGGCGCAUCAGGAUCUGUGGGACGAAGAAGUCUCGAUCCUGAAUAUUUCUACAAGCACAUUUGGCGCUGGAGCACGUGGUUGGGCAGGGCGGACGGUAAAGAUCAAGGCUGUGGCUGAGAGAUGGUUUACUUUCGACAAUCCUGCUUCGUAAAGAAGUUGCACGCGAUUAUGGUUCUGAGUUCCGUCUUUUAUGAAAAGGGAUGGAUGGCUCUGAUCUUUGCCAUCUUUAUGUACAUGAACUUGACGACGCAUUCAAACGGCUCUCCGGGUCGAUCGAAGGCGUCCGGAUGUCCAAAAUGGCGCUGACUUGAUUAAUCGUUUCGUGUUUAGUCUCUUCAAGACAAUUAGGCCUCGAUGACACAUAAUGGAGAUGUAGGAAUCAGGAGCACCGUGGAAAAGAUCCUGAAGGAAUCAGAAGGCCUUGAAAACCCGCAUAACUCCUUUGUUGUCGAACAUUCGACAAAUCUUGAAAGGAGAUUGUUAUUGACUGUGAAAAGCAGUGAUCCGUUCCUGCAUGCCAGAAUCCUCAAAGCAUCGUAUUCGUGAUAGUUAUUGUUUGCGCAGAGGCCUAUCGCUUUUGUUGGGCAAAUUGUGAACAAAAUAUAUAGCCGAAUAAAAAAAUCUGGAUAAAAG